UGAUGUUGGCGUACAGGUCGUCAGUUCAUGCAUCCACUGGAGUUUCUCCCUCUAAGAUGAUGUUUGGUCGUGGAGUCAAACUCCCCAUAGACAUCAUGUUAGGAAGACCUUUUUCCUUCACUUCAGAUGGAAUAUCAGUGCUUGCUGUGCGGGGACAUUAAGUUCAGCAGCAGAUAUGGAGUGGUGCGCCAUCUGGAGGAGAAGCACUCAGGUUUCCGCUGGGAGUGCCAGCAGUGUUCGAAACUUUUCCCCCGCCAGGCCAAUGGGACGCACAAUGACCCCAAGGGUGAAGUGUGCAAGGGCACAGUGUUUUUGUGUAUGGGUCCGGAUGGCAGCAGAGGUAGUGCUGCCCGUAAUCAGCUUGACAACUGGCGGAGGACGGCUCUGCCAAGUCUGUGGAAGUCGACGCCAGCUAAGGGUCAGAGGAAGCGACGUCCCUCCAGGAGAGAGUCACCCCCUCACAAGAGGGCAAAGCCAGAGGUUGUCACUGAUGUGUCUCCAGCAAGGUCAUUUACAUCCUUACCCCCCUCGCCAAAAGUUUCCUUGGGUGCAGCUUCUCCGUCGCGUUCUAGAUCACCGUCUCCAAAGAAGACUGCAAGGAAGGUCAUGUCAAGGGCAGUUAUUUCGUACACAUCAUCAUCAUCAUCUUCUGAGUCAUCGGAUAACAGGUCACCGUCACCAAUCCGUACAGUGUUUAGCGAGACAAUCCUGCCCCCUGUAACGCCUCCUGUGACACCCAAAAAGACGCCACCCUCUACACCUCCCUCUAAGAAGACUGUAGUUCUCUCUCUAGGAGCGGCUAGGACAUCAGUAAUCAAAGCUCUUCCUGAUGUGACCCCCCAUCUGACCUAA